CUAUAUUGACAAGUCGUUCUUAUCUUUAGCCUUAUUUACAAAUUCAAUCUUUCUUGUUCAUUGUUAUCAUAACAUUAAUUAAUUCUCAAAUCAAAUAUGAGUAAUCGUAUCAUCAAUUCCUUCUUCAUAUUUUUCUAUGUUAUGAUUUCUCAUCUCUUCUCAACACAAGCAAACUCAACAAUCGACAUACAUAACAAUUGUCCCUUCACCGUAUGGGCAGCAGCCGUCCCCCACAGCCGUGGGGGACGACAACUAGAGUACGGUGAAACAUGGAAAAUCGAGGUAAACACAACUAAUAACGGUCGUAUUUGGGGCCGAACCAAUUGUAAUUUUGACUCGUUAGGCAAGGGUCAAUGUCAAACGGGGGAUUGCAAUGGACUACUCGAAUGUCAAGGUAAUGGUAAACCCCCAACAACUUUGGCUGAAUACGCUUUAAAUCAAUUAAGCAAUAAUGAUUUCUUCGAUAUAUCUCUUCUUGAUGGUUUCAACAUCCCAAUGGAAUUUAGUCCUGUGUCCGCGGAUGAGUGUUCUGCCAGGAUCAGAUGCACCGCGGACAUCAUAGGACAAUGUCCGAAGGAAUUAAGGACACCUGGAGGAUGCAACAACCCCUGUACUGUUUUCAAGACGAAUGAGUAUUGUUGCACGUCUGGAAAUUGUGGUCCGACCAACUAUUCGAGGUUCUUUAAGGAUAGAUGUUUAACUUCUUAUAGUUAUCCUAGAGAUGAUUCAAGUAGUACAUUUACUUGUCCUAGUGGAACUAGCUAUAAAGUCGUAUUUUGUCCGUAAAUUAAAAAUAUAUUCUUUAAUUGUUGUUUCUUUACAUUUGAAAUUUCUAUGCAAUUAGUAAAUCAAUAUUGUUAUAAGGCAUCUUAUGUUUCACUUGUAAUACACAAUUCCUUGAUUGAGCUAUGAGAAUAUGAACAUCUUAUUUA